GUGCUGCAUCCAGAGCCAUUUUGCGUUAGGCUGAAGAAACACAGUCUCUCAGCGCAUUCCCACAUCAAUUAACCCCUCCCUCAGCUUCCUGACGCACCACUGCGUACCAGGCCCUGCAAAACCAGACUCCUUCAGUCUGAUGGUCUUGCCAGGGGGGGCUCCACCUGCAUUGAUGUUGCUGAGCAAGGGAGAGGCUGAGAGCCUAUAGGAAAAGAUAUAACAACCGGGUGAGGAAGAAGACAGCGGAUGAUAGCAGACUUGAUGGAAUAGCCCACUGCUGUCCGCAAUCUCAAAAGGAUAUUGUCAUCAGGAAUCAGUGGCAGGUGGCCUCUGAUUCCUGGCUGGGCUUCGUCCCAUCAGAUCCUGUGCAGUAGCAGAGCUCCAGCACUCAGACACCAUGGCAGGUGCCUCGGUGAAAGUAGCCGUGAGGGUCCGUCCCUUCAAUUCACGAGAGAUUGGAAAAGAGAGCAAGUGUAUCAUCCAAAUGUCAGGCAACACUACCACAAUUAUAAACCCAAAACUGCCAAAGGAGAGCAAGAGCUUCAACUUUGACUAUUCGUAUUGGUCACAUACAACGCCAGAAGAUGUGAAUUAUGCAUGCCAAAAGCAGGUUUAUAAAGACAUAGGGGAGGAAAUGCUUCUGCAUGCUUUCGAGGGAUAUAACGUCUGUAUCUUUGCCUAUGGGCAAACCGGGGCAGGAAAGUCAUACACCAUGAUGGGCAAGCAAGAGAAAGACCAAGAAGGCAUCAUCCCAUUGCUGUGUGAGGACCUGUUUACCAAGAUCAGUGACAAUAAUGACAACAGCAUGUCAUACUCAGUUGAGGUCAGUUACAUGGAGAUCUACUGUGAGCGUGUGCGGGACCUUCUGAACCCAAAGAACAAAGGUAAUCUGCGUGUGCGAGAGCAUCCUUUGAUGGGACCGUAUGUGGAGGACCUAUCAAAACUGGCCGUUACUUCCUACAGUGACAUACAGGACCUGAUGGACUCUGGAAACAAAGCAAGGACUGUGGCUGCCACCAAUAUGAAUGAGACCAGCAGCCGCUCCCAUGCUGUGUUCAACAUCAUCUUCACACAGAAACGACAUGAUAGUGACACAGAAAACACAUCUGAAAAGGUCAGCAAAAUCAGCUUGGUAGACUUGGCAGGGAGUGAGAGGGCUGAUUCUACUGGAGCUAAAGGCACUAGACUCAAGGAGGGAGCCAAUAUCAACAAAUCUUUAACAACACUAGGCAAAGUUAUCUCGGCUCUGGCUGAAGUGGACUCUGCACCAAACAAGAACAAGAAGAAGAAGAAAGUGGAGAGCUUUAUUCCAUACAGAGAUUCAGUUCUGACAUGGCUGCUGAGGGAAAACCUCGGAGGAAACUCGCGCACUGCUAUGGUAGCAGCUCUAAGCCCUGCUGACAUUAACUAUGAUGAGACGCUCAGCACGCUCAGGUACGCUGACCGAGCCAAGCAGAUCCGCUGCAACGCCGUCAUCAAUGAAGACCCCAAUAACCGCCUGGUGCGUGAGCUGAAGGAAGAGGUGGCACGUCUGAAGGAUCUGCUCUAUGCUCAGGGUCUUGGAGACAUCAUUGAGACAUAUCGGGUACAGGCUCCUGGGAUAGCUGCCCUCAAAUACUUGUCCAGUUACAAGACUAAUCUCAAUAGCAUCCAGGCUGUCAAUCAAAGGGGUGAUUUCUCCACAGUGACCAAUGCCAUGACCGGGAUGAGUCCCUCACCCUCCCUCUCUGCCCUGUCCAGCCGAGCUGGCUCCAUCAGCAGCCUGCAUGACCGGAUCAUGUUCAGCCCGGGAAGUGAGGAAGCCAUUGAGAGGCUGAAGGAAACUGAGAAGAUAAUCGCAGAACUCAAUGAAACUUGGGAAGAGAAGCUUCGCCGGACCGAGGCAAUUAGAAUGGAAAGGGAGGCACUUUUGGCUGAAAUGGGUGUGGCGAUGAGGGAAGAUGGAGGAACCGUUGGAGUCUUUUCACCAAAGAAGACACCUCACCUGGUCAACCUCAAUGAAGAUCCACUGAUGUCUGAAUGCUUGUUGUACUACAUUAAAGAUGGAAUCACCAAGGUUGGCCGGGAGGAUGCCAGCAGUCGGCAGGAUAUUGUCUUGAGCGGGCACUUCAUUAAAGACGAACACUGUAUCUUUACAAGUAGCACAAAUGCCUCAGGAGAGGGUACGGUGGUCCUGGAGCCCUGUGAGGGAGCAGAGACUUACGUUAACGGGAAGGGAGUGACAGAGCCCACUGUUCUCAGAUCAGGUAACCGUAUCAUUAUGGGCAAGAGCCACGUGUUCCGUUUCAAUGACCCUGAGCAAGCACGGCAAGAGAGGGAGAGAACCCCAUGUGCAGACACACCUGUGGAGCCAGUGGACUGGGCCUUUGCCCAGAGAGAACUACUGGAAAAACAAGGCAUUGAUAUGAAACAAGAGAUGGAGCAAAGGUUACAGGAGCUGGAGGAACAGUACCGCAAGGAGAGAGAAGAAGCAAGCAAUCUUCUGGAACAGCAGAGACUAGACUAUGAGAGUAAGCUGGAAGCUCUUCAGAGGCAGGUCAACUCAAGAUAUUACCCAGAAACCACAGAGGAAGAGGAGGAACCUGAAGAGGAAGUGCCGUGGACAAAGCGAGAGACAGAACUGGCCCUCUGGGCUUUCCGGAAAUGGAGAUUCUAUCAGUUCACAUCUCUCAGAGACUUGCUCUGGGGAAAUGCAGUUUUCCUCAAGGAGGCUAAUGCCAUUAGUGUGGAGUUAAAGAAAAAGGUUCAGUUUCAGUUUGUACUACUCACGGACACACUGUACUCCCCGCUGCCCCCUGACCUCUUGCCCCCCAGCAUAGCCCAAGAUAGGGAGAAAAGGCUGUUCCCUCGCACCAUCGUAGCAGUAGAGGUUCAGGACCAGAAAAAUGGUGCCACACACUACUGGACACUGGACAAACUCAGCAGACAAAGACUGGAUUUGAUGAGAGAAAUGUAUGACCGAGCAGCAGAGGUGCCCAGUACUGCAGUCGAGGACUGUGAUCAUAUGAUGUCCGGCGGUGACCCCUUCUAUGACCGCUUUCCAUGGUUCCGUCUGGUUGGUCGCACUCCCAUUCUCAACACGUGCAUGAGCAAGCGCAUGAGUGACCUUACCCUCUCCCCCACCCUCUCCGACCCUGACUCUGACAUAACCGAGCUCGCUGAUGAGCGGCAUUAUGGGAAAGUCGAGGUGGAGGAGGAGGAGUUGGAUGACCUGGAUGAUGAAAUCUUUAUGGAGGACCCUGGCUCAGAGCUUGGGAGAGAGGAGGAGGAUGGUGUGGGGGAGCACUGCCCAGGUGUCAGCGAUGGCCAGGACCCCUUUUACGACCGCUGGCCUCUGUUCAGUUUAGUGGGAAGGGCAUUUGUGUAUCUGAGUAAUCUGCUGUACCCUGUGCCAUUAGUGCACCGUGUGGCCAUUGUGAGUGAGAAAGGCGAGGUCAAGGGGUUCCUCCGUGUGGCAGUACAAGCCAUAUCAGCUGAUGAAGAGGCUCCUGAUUAUGGCUCAGGUGUGAGACAAUCAGGAACUGCCAAGAUCUCAUUUGAGGAUCAACAGUUUGAGAAGUUCCAUACAGAAUCAUGCACUGGUGGGAUGUCUCAUACAAAUACAUCUCAAGAGGAGCUGCGCAUCGUAGAAGGAGAAGGACAAAACUCAGAGAUGGGCCUCAGUGCUGAUGAGGUCAACAACAACACCUGUGCAGCCUCUCCUGAUGAUCCUAACAGUCCUCUGAAGGGUGGUCUGGAAUGUCCUCUUGAAGUGACUCAGGAAAAAUCACUCCAGCACUUGAAUAUCGGCAGCAACUUCACCUUCAGGGUCACAGUGCUUCAGGCCUCCAGCAUCUCUGCUGAGUAUGCAGAUAUCUUCUGCCAGUUCAACUUUAUUCACAGGCAUGACGAGGCAUUUUCCACUGAGCCAUUAAAGAAUACAGGUCGAGGGCCUCCACUGGGAUUCUACCAUGUACAAAAUAUAACCGUGGAGGUCACCAAGUCUUUUGUGGAAUACAUCAAGAGUCAGCCAAUCGUUUUUGAGGUGUUCGGCCACUACCAGAAACAGCCUUUCCUUCCUCUCUGCAAGGACUUAAUUAGUUCCUUACGUCCAACAAGAAGGCAGUUCCCUAGAGUUAUGCCUUUGUCAAAGCCAGUGCCCGCCACUAAACUGAACACGCUGACACGCUCCACUGCUGGCCCCUGUCACUGCAAAUAUGACCUUAUGGCAUUCUUUGAAAUCUGUGAGCUGGAGGCCAACGGAGACUACAUCCCAGCUGUUGUUGAUCACAGGGGUGGAAUGCCCUGCCAUGGUACAUUCCUGUUGCACCAGGGCAUCCAAAGGAGAAUUACAGUGACUAUUGCCCAUGAAACCGGCAAUGAUAUUGAGUGGAAGGAGGUUAAAGAGCUCGUCAUAGGGCGUAUCCGUAACACACCCGAGGCGGAUGAGACUAUCAUCGACCCCAACAUCCUGUCCCUCAACAUCCUGUCUUCAGGCUACAUACGACCAUCUUAUGAUGACAGAGUGUCAUUGGGAAUUGACCAUAGGACAUUUUACCGAUUUGAGGCCGCAUGGGACAGCUCCAUGCACAACUCCCUCCUGCUGAACCGUGUCACUCCAUACGGAGAGAAAAUUUACAUCACUCUUUCUGCCUAUCUUGAGAUGGAGAACUGCACUCAGCCCACUGUCAUCACUAAGGACUUUUGCAUGGUGUUCUACUCCAGAGAUGCUAAACUUCCUGCAUCUCGCUCCAUUCGAAACCUUUUCAGCACUGGUGCCUUUAGGCCCUCUGAGAGUAACCGUGUGACUGGAGUGUAUGAAUUAAGCCUCUGCCAUUUGGCUGACAUUGGAAGUCCUGGUAUGCAAAGGAGGCGCAGACGGGUGCUGGACACCUCAGUGGCAUAUGUGCGCGGAGAGGAGAACCUUGCGGGUUGGAGGCCCCGGAGUGACAGCCUCAUCCUGGACCACCAGUGGGAGCUGGAGAAACUUAGCCUCCUACAAGAGGUGGAGAAGACCAGGCAUUACCUUCUGCUGAGAGAGAAGCUUGAAGCAUCUCUACUGCUGGGACAGGACUCUUUCUGUGGCAAAGACCUAAUGGAUUCACCAAAGGCCUCCAGCCCCAUGAUCAACCCAGUAGUCAGUUUGUGUCUGGACAGUCCCAACGAGAGGCAGAGGGACCUGGCUGCCAAGUGUGUGCGACUGCUCAUGCACACCUUCAACAGGCAGUACAGCCAGGUGAGCAGCAGUCUCAGUGAGAGCAAGCUGUCAGAGAUGUCUGCAUCACUUUUAAGAGACGGUUCUUCUUCCCUUCUGAGCACUUUGACACCCUCCUCCACCUGCCCUUCACUGGUGGAUGGGCACUAUGGCAGUCCUGAGCUCAGAGGCGCUGAGACAAACUCUGGUGCCUCUAGCCCUGAUCUCGACCCCUUCAGCCCUAUAGAGAGAAAACCCAGGAGCUGCACCUUCAUCCCGAACAUCCAGGAGAUUCGCGUCAGCCCUAUUGUGUCAAAGAAAGGCUAUCUACACUUUCUCGAGCCACACACCAGUGGCUGGGUGAAGCGUUACAUUGUGGUGCGGCGGCCAUAUGUCUACCUGUACCGCAAUGAGAGAGACUGCGUGGAGAGAGCCAUCAUCAACCUGUCCUCUGCUCAGGUGGAGUACAGCGAAGAUCAGCAGGUCAUGCUGAGGGCUCCUAACACUUUUGCAGUGUGCACUGAGCACCGGAACAUUCUCCUCCAAGCAGCCAAUGACAAAGAGAUGCAUGACUGGCUGUACGCAUUCAACCCACUGCUGGCAGGAACUAUCAGGUCUAAGCUUUCCAGACGAAAAUCAGGACAGAUGAGGAUGUGAAAGUGGCUGAAACCAUAAACGGAUAGCUAACAGGCCGUUAUGAUGUAAUUAGGUCAUGUGAUCAUAAGUGCCCUAUCCCCAUGUCAUCACAGCUGCCUCUUGCCUGCCCUUCCCAGCAUUCCCCUCUCAGUCUGUCCAUGCCAACCAUAGACUGUGGGCUUGGCUUCACAGAGUGUGUUUGUUUAUGUGUGUGUGUCAGGCCAUAUUUAAUGUAAAUUUACAACAUUGAAAUAUAUUCAGAACUUCCCUCUAACAUAGCUAAAAGCUAGAAUGGCAAAACAGCAUCUUAAACACGGCCCUACUCUUAGUUCAUUUGUAAAUUCGACUCAUCGCUCUCUUUGUGUAUGUGCUUUGGCAGAGUAGAUGUCAAGUGCUUUUACCCGGGCUUCAGUAGCUGCCUCUUGGUUUUGAUCAUUCUACCAUGAUCAUUGUGAUUUUUGACGGGAUGCAUAGCUUAUUUGGAGGUCACCUUUUAUGCAGUGGUUGACAGAAGGUUGCGAUAGAUUUUAGACUAAAAAAGAGGUAAAUGUCCAUUAUUUCAACAAAAAUCAGCAUUGGAAAAGUACAAAGUGUCUACCAUACAGGUUUAUUUUGUGUUUUUAUUUUCAACUGUAAUGUCAUUUUUACAUUACAUCUUUAUGUUUACUUAUUUAUUAAGCAUUGUAUGUUUUAGAAACAUAAUUUAUUUAGAGUGCGCUACAAAAAAAUAAUUUUUCACCUUGCACUUUUAAUAAUGAGCUUUAUUUGCCAGGUUCAUUUGCACAAGAGUGCUGCUACUAAGAGAAUUAGCUUCUUUAAUCUUUCUUCAUUUACAACUUUUCAUUUUUUGCACAGAAAAUUGGAGAGCCGUGACGCUAAAUGACCUGUUACUGAUAUACUGAAUGCAAAUACAUCAGAGCACAUUAAAUGAGGGAGAUUUUAUUUCGGUUACAUCACAUUUUUCGAAUAAUAUUAUGCAGGAAGUUUACGUUUAAAAAUGCUGCAUCUUUAUUGCAUAGUUCCUCAUUUGUAACUGCUAUGUUCAGCUCAAUCCAGCCUUAAAUGUUAUACUGAAUAUCUGUAUUUAAACCUCUUACAUGGUGUUUCCUAGUGAAGCAGCAAUAAGAUCAAGUCUUGUAAGAGAAGAUCCAGUUUUAGUGUUCCAAGGUAUAACAUAAAGUCUAUAAACUCUGAUGGCUUUUACAAAAUGUUUGUGAUCACCAAUAUAGUACAGAUUUUUUUUUUUUUUUUUUAUUAGCUCAGUUCAUAAUUUUUUGUGAGAUGAAUCAGUUAUAAUAAGGAUAUACACCUUGUUUUUGCGCCACCCUUUGCCUUGAUACUAUGAAGACAGUGUAUACGAAGUAUAAAAAAGUCAUGGCAGUUACAUCUUAAAGAGGUAUUACCUGAGGCCAUGUAUGAAUUCAGAAAUCUCUCAUUUGGUUUGGGCUCAUGCUAUUGGUCAGUCAGCCAUUUAGCAUGUUGCUCAUGUUGCUGUUCUAGAUAUCCUGAAAGAAGAUUGAUGUUUUGUGCCAUGGGCCAGCCAACCCAAAGAGCACAACCGUAAGCAGCAGCAUCUAGUUGUGAACGUGCCUGAGAGAGUUCAGAAGUUCUGGUAUUUACCUCCCAAAAAGGUUUCUUCAUAAGCAGCAGUAUACGUAUUCCUUGAUAGACUCUUACAUGGACUACAGAUCUGAAUUAUAAAUUAGAGAGAGACAUUUAGGUUUUGGACAAUAAGUUGACAUUAAUACAUCCCAGUGCCCUGAAGUUUUUUAUCCAUUCCUGUCUUUGAUAAUGCUAUGUAUAUGAUAGCAUGCUGUACAUAUUUAUUCAGCUUUUAAAUGAAAUGUAUCAAAUGUAUCUCAUUUGCCUCCAUACAGUAUAAGAGUAGCAUUCACAUGAAAAUAAUAGAUUCGGUAUACUGAAUUGAAGGAUUACAGUUGACUAUAAGCAUUGACAUGGUGCCCUGAAAACAAAGCAUUCAAGAGGACUUUGUCAACUUGCAUAUAUAUUGCAGAUAAACAAGAUUUUUAAGGUUUGUCGUUGAUAAUGUGUCUCUGUUUUUCUCUCUUUCACUCUCAAUGGGUGUCUUUCCAAGCAUCGUUUCAAAUAAACAUCUUUCAUCCAUCCAAAUAUUCAAAAUUUAAAAAAGAAGGAAGUUAAUAUAAACUAUGUGUACCAACUGUAAUUGCUUCAAUAUUUCUGUUGAUUUGCUCUGUAUAUAGACCUAAGUGUGGUCUAGCACACGGCUGUAACCACUUUAUACCAUAAUGAAUGGACUGUAGUGAACUCAGUGCUCAAGUUCUUUGAGUGUUGGACCUGUGUCUUCUAAUGUCUGUGGACACUUAACACUUUGUCAGGUGUGAAAUAAAUGUGAAAUAUGCGCAGUGUU